GUAAACGGUUUGUGAAACCUCGGUUUGUGAGUCUACAGAAACCAUUUACCGUAUCAGUUGCGCCUGAAGUCGAAAAUCACGUGAUCCCAACUCUGAUAAUUACAACAACGAUUUAAAUUACCCAAUAAAAUAUUUUUAUCAUGUUUAUUGCUAUCGUUCAACUGAUAUCAGAACUAUUGGUCCUGUUUGCAAAGACUUCCGUUAUGAUACUGGAAAGAACGUUUCGUCUGAUUUUUCCUGAAAGUGAAAAAUCGGUAAUAGGUGAAGUUGUGUUGAUAACCGGUGCUGGCCGUGGCAUGGGCCGUGAGCUUGCCUUACAGUUUGCCAAGAGACGGACUCUGCUCGUUCUUUGGGAUAUCAACGAGAAUGAAGUACAGAAUGUGGCCGAAGAGGUCAGACAGCUAGGAGCAGAAGCCCACGCCUACAAGUGUGAUGUUUCCAAUUUCCACCAGGUGGAGGCUAUGGCGGCUCGAGUAACACGGGAAGUUGGUGACGUCACUAUUCUCUUCAACAAUGCUGGUAUCGUACAUCUGAAACCGUUCAGUGACUUGCAACCAGCAGAAAUUCUGAGAACCAUGUCGGUUAACACACUGGCUCAUUUCUGGACAAUAAAGCACUUCCUUCCCCGGAUGAUUGAACUAGGACGAGGACACGUGGCUGCCAUGUGUUCUAUUUGUGGUAUUUUAGGUGGCCCUUUCACAGCAGAUUACAGCGCCUCUAAACAUGCUGUGAUUGGACUAAUGAGGGCAUUGGAGGAAGAACUAUAUUUUACUGGGAAAGGUGACAUCAUAAAGUUUACAGCGAUUUGUCCCACCAUUGUAAACACAGGCUUUGUACAUUAUCCCCAUACAAG